CCAUAUGGCUGGAGGCAAUGGGGAGCGCGCUCGUUGUCUCGCUCUGCUCCCUCAUCUGCCUCACACUGCUGCCGCUCGUCUGCUACAAGGGCAAGCUGCCCCGGGCGCUGGUGGAUGGAUUGGCAGCAUUUGGGGCUGGAGCAAUGCUGGGAGAUGCCUUCCUUCACCAGUUACCGCAUGCUUUCGGCAGUGGAACGCACUCCCACAAUCACGACAGCCACUCACAUGACCAUGACCAUGCCCAUUCCCAUGACCACGGGCAUGACCAUGGGCAUGAGCAUGCUGGGGAGAGUGGAGGGCACGCGCAUUCUCUCGAGGACCUGUCUGUUGGCAUUGCCGUGCUGGUGGGCAUCGUGCUCUUCUUCCUGGUGGAGAAGAUUGUGAGACGUGUUGAAGAGCUCACCUCUAGAGGUGCUGCUGUGCCGUUUGCUGGGCAUGGGCAUGGCCACAGCCACCACAGCCACCACCAUGAGCAUCAGCACAAGCACGAGGGCGAGAAAGAGGAGAAUUCAGGCGGGGAUGAGUGUGAGAAAGUGAGUGAGGAUGGGAAGGGUAUAGGAGGGAAGAGGGACAAGAAAGAGGAGGGCGGAGGAGAAAGUGACGGGAGCACUGGUGAUGGGAAUGUGAAGAUUGGGGAUGAGGAAGUGAGUUCUAAGGACGGUUGGGAGAAUGUGGAUGAGGGAGAGGAGGAGGGCGAGGGAGGAGAGGAGGGUAAGACAACGGGAGAGGAGGAGAGUGAGAGUAAGGUAGAAACGAAGGCAGAGAAAGGGGAGGCUGGGAAAGAGCCGAAGGAGGAGGAGGAGGAAGAGAAGAAGGAGAAGGAGGGGAACACGAAAGAGGGAGAAUCCAAGGAGGAGGGAGGAGACGGAGAAGGGGAGAAGAGGAAAGGAAGCACAGGUGGUAAAAGUGAAGGGUUAAGGAGGCGGAGGGCCACUGCUGAUUCACAGACAGUAUCAGCAGACAGGAGCGGAGAGGAGGAGAGGGAGGUGAAGGAGGGGAAGGAGGGGAAGGAGAAGGAGGGUGAUGAGGCAUCGGCACUUGACAAUGAUGAGAAGAAGGCCCGUGCAGUGGCUAAGGCACUGCCAGUGGCGGCAGGACCACCAGCAGUGGCUGGGCCGGCAGCGAACAAGCACCUGGUGUUGGGAUACCUCAACCUCUUCUCCGAUGGCGUGCACAACUUCACAGACGGCAUGUCGCUGGGAUCUGCUUUCCUCCAUCGGGGAGCACUGGGGGGCUACUCGCGCAUGCUCUUCAUGCUGGCUCAUGAAAUCCCACAGGAGAUUGGUGAUUUUGGCAUCUUAGUGCGAUCAGGCAUGGGGGUGACACAGGCAUUGGCACUCAAUUUCCUCUCUGCGCUCACUGCCCUGCUCGGCACUGCUGCGGCUCUCAUAUUCGGCGGACAGGAAGCGCACUCAGGUCUCAUAGAGGGCUUCACAGCGGGGGGGUUUAUUUACAUUGCAGUGGCAGGGGUGAUGCCUGACAUGCACUCACAGGGAGUUGACAUCCUCUCUACAGUUAUUCAGCUCGCCUCUCUUACAGCAGGAGUUGCUGUAGCUGUUGUGAUAUCCCUUCUUGAGUAA